AUGACGGCUGAAAAACACUGCUCGAAUGGUUCGGGCACGAUCAAACCGGACCGGAAGAUUGUCAAGCUGUAUUUGGCCGCCAUCGGAGCCAACAUCAUCUCGCUGUCGCUGGGCACCGCGAUCGGUUGGUUGUCCCCGUUUCUGCCGCUACUCAUCUCACCCGACUCCCCGCUCGACCACGGUCCGGUGACGGACGUACAAGCGACCUGGAUCGCGUCCUUGCUCUGUAUCGGAGCGUUCUGUGGUACCUUCCUGUUUGGCUGGAGUGCGGAAAAGUUUGGCCGCAAGGCGUCACUGCUGGCGACGGCUCUUCCGUUGGUUGGAUUUUGGGGUUGUGUCGCGUUUGGAACCACCGUCGAGGUGCUGUAUGUGGCCCGGUUGCUGGCAGGACUUGGAGCGGCUGGUGUUUUCCUGCUGGUGCCUAUGUACGUCACCGAAAUCGCUGAAGACAGAAUCCGCGGUACACUUGGGUCAUUCUUCAUACUGUUUCUCAACAUCGGCACGUUGUUGUCGUUCGUGAUGGGAAGCUACCUUUCCUACCACCUGACGGCGUACAUCCUGUUUGCUCUUCCCAUCGUGUUCUUGGUGCUUUUUCUGCAAUUCCCCGAAACGCCACAGUAUCUCAUCCGCCGGAACCGUGUCCGGGACGCAGAAAGCUCGCUAAAGUACCUGCGUGGGUACACUUCCACGCCCGAUCAUCUCGAGAUGUUGCGAUCGGAAAUGGACGGUCUACUGGUGCAGGUAUCCGGCGAUAAGGACAGCUCGGAACAGAGCAGCAUUUCAUUGGCCGACUUCGCUCCACAAUCCGCUCGGAAAGCCCUCCUAAUCGGGCUGGUGUUGGUAUCGCUCAAUCAGCUCUCGGGAUGUUUCGCCCUAAUCAAUUACACCGCACAGAUCUUUGCCGACGCCGGUUCCGAUCUCGAUCCCAACAUGGCCGCCAUUGUGGUAGGCGCUAUACAGAUUAUCGGCUCGUACGGAUCGACAAUCAUCGUUGAUCGUUGCCAGCGCAAGCACGUGUACAUUGCAACGUGCUUCUUCGCUGCGAUCGGCCUGUUUGUGAUGGGGACGCAUGGUUAUUUGAAGAGCCAACACGUGGACGUUAGUGCCAUUAAUUGGAUCCCGGUCGCUAGCCUGUCGUUUGUCAUUUUCAUCGCAUCCGUCGGGCUGCUGCCGCUGACGUUCGUCAUUUUGUCUGAAAUUCUUCCACCAAAGGUGCGUAGUCUUGGCGGCUCUUUGUGCACGGCGUUCCUGUGGAUGAUCAGCUUCCUGGUUGUGAAGUACUUCCCCGCGAUGGUCGAACUGAUUGGUGUGCAUGGCUGUAUGUGGGUGUUCAGCGCCGUGUGCCUAACUGCCGGUCUCUUCAACGCCAUCGUUAUACCAGAGACGCGAGGCCGAAGCAUCGAGCAGAUCAUACACGCAAUGGAGAACAACAUUAAGAACUAAGGGCAGUUGGCAGUGGGAGGAAAAUGCCAACCGUUUUUGUACAUAGUCAUCAAGCAACUUAAAUGUCAUUAUUUAUAGAAGUAGCGUAUAUUGUACAUAUUUAACGUGUUAACCGUUUGCCAGAUGGAUUCUCAUCACACAAUCGAAACAAAGCAGAAAGGGCGCCAAACGAUCGAUUAUCCGUCCCGGGGAGUCA